UCGACCUCAGCACAACACCGUAAUCAGACUACACUUCCCAGAAUGCCUCGCUGCAGGAAGAUUAGCCCGACCAGUGUGGAGCUGUCACGUGAUGACUGCGGGUCACAUGGUGGCGCUGGUUGACCCUUUCCUGUCCGGACACCCAUGGUGACCAGUGAGGACUCACGUGGUGUGUGACAUUAGAAGGCAGUUCCAAGAUUUACACAGCUCUGCUGAACAUGACAGCGAAGUUUGUUUCUGGAGUGAUGGCUGGUGAGGCUUCGGUGAUUGGGAUCUCCGGUGGAAAGCAGAUUUUGUCCGGCAUGUCUCGGUGACCAUCAUAUGUCUGUUCGGAUUUUUUUUUUUCUCUAGAAUCAGAUGGGACGAUUUAGGAAACAGAUCUGCAGAUUUGUGCUAGAUUACUUUGAUCAAGCGUAUUCAAAAGAACUUGGAGACCACUGGCAUGCUGUCAGGGAGGUGCUCACAGAUCCUGGGCUCUGGCAGUAUGCGGUGCUGCUAAAUAAUUACCAGAACACUGUGGAGACGGAGAAUCAUUUGCUUAUGCUGGGAUACCAUAGACUGUCUAGUGACAACUUUUCUAACAACCAAAAACUGAUGAAGUGCUAUAUUAGUAAGAAACCUGGAAAGUUUCCUUCUCAGCGACAUCAGAGUGGAAAGAUCAAAGACUACUAUAUACUCAAUGCCUCAUCACUUCUUCCCGUUCUAGCGCUAGAUAUCAAGGAUGGUGAGAUGGUCUUGGAUAUGUGCGCUGCUCCUGGUGGAAAGUCUGUAACACUUCUGCAGUGUGCAUCACCAGAACUUCUUCAUUGUAACGAGCCGGAUGUGCACAGAUCCAUGUGGCUGAGGAAGACACUGGAAUCCUUUGUGCCGCUGUCCCACAUGAACGUCCUCUCAACUACCCAAUUAGAUGGAAGGUUAAUUGGGAAAUUAUACGCCAGCUCUUAUGACAAGGUGUUGGUCGAUGCCCCUUGUUCUAAUGACAGGAGUUGGCUAUUCUCUUCUGAUACUGAAAGAGCCAAAUCUCGAAUAUCGGAGAGGAAGAUUCUUCCUGUAAUACAGACAGAAUUACUCAGGUCUGCAAUCAAUGCCCUUAGACCCGGAGGAACGCUGGUGUAUUCUACAUGCACUCUCUCCAAAGCAGAAAACAGCGAUGUCAUUUCUGAUGUCUUGAACUCCUGCAGUGAUGUUACCUCCCUGGACCUGAGUCACCUGGCCAAAACAUUAUCUAAUGAAUUUAGGUUUGCUGAACAGGUCCCCCAUGGACUUCUAGUUUUGCCUGAUAAAGGAAAAUCCUGGGGCCCCAUGUUUGUAUCUAAAUUAAUAAAAAUAUAGUUCUAGCCAUA